AUGAUCUUCCAAUAUUGUUUUGCCGCUCUCGCGGUUGUCACAGAUUGCAAAUCGAUAUGGUUAAAUGGGGUUUCCUACGAUGCUAACUUCUCCACUGUUCUGCGUAUGUGUCGAGUUGAUAUGGAUGACAUUGCAUCAGAUCACAACAAAGAUCCAGGGAAACGGAGCUCUUAUGAAGAUAGCGGAGGUGAACCAUUACCAAAGUAUUUGGCAGAGACAAUCGAGGGAGGCAUCCUCGAGCCAAGUCCCGAGAUCAUAAAUUCUACUCUGUUGGAAUCGGGCGGCUAUAAAAUAGAAGGACUUGAUCAGGUCAGAUUGAUCUUAGCUUCCGAAAUGAUGCCCUAG